GGAGCCUCAUUGAAAACUGCGCUGCUUACUUAAUUCACAAGCCUCUGUGUCAUAUAUGUAAGAUUGUCUUCAGUGUUGUGGUUUCAUAUUUGUUAACUGUGUGAACAGUAACUUAUGUCUCAAAUGACAUCUCGAUUACAGCUGAGAUCAAGUGAAACAAGGAAAUAUGAAAUGUAAUAACGUACAGGAAUCAGGGACAAAAUAGCUCCACCUUCAACACAUCAGGAAAGAUCUAAUCACGCAGUUUGGACAUUAAAAUACAUACAAUUACUCAUAAGCAUGCCUCUGACGAUGUCUCAGAGUGAGGGAAUGAUGGUCGUCACCAUCACCUCAAACCCAAAGAGCAAAUGGCCUGCUCUUUGUCAGAUUCUGAGUUCUCUGUGCUACGGUCCGGUGUGUUUUGCAUCUGAGGAUAUGAAAGAAAAGCUGACAGACACCCAGAGAGUUAUUGGGAUGAUACAGAUAGUAGUUGCAGUCAUGAACCUUGUGUUGGGUUGUUUUGGCAUCAUCUACUUUCUUGCUACCUCUUCCGUCAGCAGUUUGGUGUUUUCGGUUCUUCAAAUCUGUGUGGUUGUCAGUUUCUGUGUUUUAACCUUAAAGUCUUUGUGCAAGAAGGGUACGGGAGGGAAUACAAAGUUGGUGGAGAAAACAACUUUGGAAACUAAAAGUGGAAUAAGCCAUAAUACCAAAGAUAGCAUGACAGAUAGCAUGACUCCUGCAUUGUCUCAGAAUAUGAAAGAUGUGCUGACAGACACUCGCACAGAACUUUUGACGCUACAAAUAAUGGUUGGUGUCAUGAAUAUCGCAAUGGGUUUUUUUGGCUUCGUCUUUGCUUUUUGGAUCGGUAGUGUGUUCCUUGUUGUUGGAAUUAUAUGUGCUGUUGCAGUGCAUUUUCCCCAUCCUAAGCUGCUGGUCAUCAGAGUGAUUCUGAAUGUAGUCAGUGCUGCACUGGCAAUCACAGCUGCUGUGCUGUAUUCAGUGGACCUGGCAGUGGGAAGCAGUUUAAGCUGUUACAGAGAACCUUAUUAUUAUUCAUCCGAUAAUGAGUUUAUAAGGCUUAACCGUAAAAGCAGUAACUUUGAGUCCUGUUUUUACUACAAAAAUCUAAGUGAGAUAAUCCUCGGAGGACUUGAUAUCAUGAUGAUAGUGCUGUCGGUCGUUCAGCUCUGUGUGACCAUCACUUUCUGCGUUUUGACUGGGAAAGCUUUGUGCAAGAAGGAUGAAGAUGAAAAGUUGGAUCCAGAACUUUACAAGCCGCUUUUGGAAGAUGACACUGCUGGUGCUGCAUGACCAGAUGAACAAUUAAAGUACUUUUGUUUUAACAUGUUUUGGUAAUGGAAGGCAAAAUGAUUCAUGUUGCCAUCUGCAACACCAUAGACAUGAAGGUACAUAAGUUACAUGUAGUCUUUUCAUAAAUGUUUUGGUACUUUUAGAAAGAAAACAGUGCAUCUUAAAAAUAUUAUUAUUUAAUAAAAAAAAAAGAUGCAAACAGGUAAUAAAUUAUGCUAAGAGUACAGAAAUCUUGCCUGUUUCUUACCUGUUUCAUGUAUGGCUGACAUGUUCAUCACAUUAGGUUUAUUAAAACUGUAAUCCAAAUAGAAAUUUUAUAUGUAAUUCAAAUACAUGUUUUUGGGGUGUACAUGACUGUAGAACACUUUUCUGUAAAUACUGAAUGUUAUCUGAGUUUGUCCGACGACGGUUCUCUCCUGUAGUACUAUAAAAAGCUUCUUGUAAGUUUUAUUGCCUUCAUUUUUGCAUAUAAAUUGGAAAGCAGAUGUAUAGUCAGUUAAGUUUUGCAUUGAACAUACAGAUAUGAUCAAAUGUCUGGCACUGUAACACAGUUGGAGUAUUGUUUCUUUCUAAUGUUCUUUGCAGAUUGUAGUAAUAAUAAUAAACAAUCUAUAUUGCAAUAUAUUGAUUACUCAAAUAUGUAAAUUGUCAUAAUUUGCCAUAAAAGUAUGCCAUACAGUUUGUGCACUCUUCUAAACCCAUAAGAUAGCUUUGAUGAGAAGCCCAAAUAAUUAUUGACUGACACACAUCCCCUCUGCCAUAUCAACACUGUAAAAAAUUACAGUGAAUCUAACGGUAAAAAAAACUGUAAAAAUGCUACAGUAAAAACCCGUCAAAUAGUCAUCGGUAAAAGACAGUAAAAUUUACAGUG